AUGCUCUGCGGCGCCAUUUGGUCCGCCGCGCCAGUGAGCCUGCGCGGACUGGCGCCGCCGUUGCCGCCCCGCCCCGCCCUCCUCGCCGCGCUCGUCAUGCACGCGCUGCAUGCCAGCGACGAGUCCAGCUUUAUAGAGAAUGGUUUACUCUCGUACGAGAAUCCAAACUACCACUUGGACCCGGCUCGCCUCGAGUCCGCGAUCUACAGCGACCUCUACGACAUGCAUGACGACAAAGACAUGCCUCUAGACUACGACAAUUAUCUCGACAAUAGAAGAGUCGAAGACGAAGCGUCUUCGCCGGUAAACAAAGUAAACGGUAAAAGCGGCCUCAUCACGCCGCCUCAACAGAAUGGCGGGGGGGAGUCGCCCCCUCCAGAGAAGGAGAGGGCCGACCAGGAGGACAACGAGAAGAGUCACUCAGGCCCUGUUCCACACUGCGCGGAGGGGCCCAACGACGACCUCUACGCCAUUCCUGUCAAAUUGCGUCCUAAGAAAGAAACACUCCCGCCUGGAUGGGAGAAACAUGAAGAUAACGAUGGUCCUUAUUAUUGGCACAUAAAAAGCGGGACAAUUCAAAGGGAAAUACCAAAAAUGCCACCCAUUGAAGCAAGGGAGUCACGCAUAUCUAUGGUGCGGGACUGUUCAAACUUGUCAGACAUCAAGUAUGAGGGGGCUAUGACAUCGUCUGUUACUAGGAGUACCACCAGUGGCGCUCUGGACCACGUUGACCAAGAUAUUGAAAGGAAACGAAGAGAGGAAGUGGCUUAUAAACGACGCAGCUAUCCCGCCCGCCCAGAGCAAGACGGUCGCGCUGUACGUUUCUUCGUCCGGUCUCUCGGCUGGGUGGAGAUAUCUGAAGCCGAUCUCACUCCAGAACGCUCGAGCCGUGCAGUCAAUAAGUGUAUCGUAGAUCUGAGCCUCGGUCGCAACGACUUGCUGGACCAAGUCGGUCGCUGGGGUGAUGGCAAGGACUUAUUCAUGGACCUAGACGAUGGGGCCCUCAAGCUCAUCGACCCAGAGAGCUUGAACACAUUGCACACACAACCCAUACAUACGAUCCGUGUGUGGGGAGUCGGCAGGGACAAUGGACGGGACUUCGCGUACGUGGCGCGCGACCGCGUGACCCGCAAGCACAUGUGCCACGUGUUCCGCUGCGAGGCGCCCGCGCGCUCCAUCGCGAACGCGCUGCGUGACAUCUGCAAGCGGAUCAUGAUCGAGCGCUCGCUGCAGCCGCCGCCGCGCCCCACCGACCUGCCCGCCGCGCGCCGCCCGCGCCCGCUCUCCGGAGCGUCGUUCCCCACCCCGAUGGAGGAGCCCCGCAAGACGGUGCGCGCGCGCUACCUGGGCAGCGCGGAGGUGGCGCGCGCCACCGGCAUGGACGUGCUCAACGACGCGCUCGACCGCCUGGCCGCCGCGCGCGCGCCGUCCGCCUGGCGGCCCGUCGCCGUCGCCGUGGCGCCCUCCAUGAUCUCCAUCACCGAGGAGGGGGAGACGAGCCCGCUGGUGGAGUGCCGCGUGCGCUACCUGUCGUUCCUGGGCAUCGGGCGCGACGUGCGCCGCUGCGCGUUCAUCGUGCACACGCCGCAGGACCAGUUCGUGGCGCACGCCUUCCACGCCGAGCCCUCCUCCGGCGCGCUCUGCAAGACCAUCGAGGCGGCCUGCAAGCUGCGCUACCAGAAGUGCCUGGACGCGCACGGCGGCGGGGCGGGCGGGGCGGGCGGGGCGGGCGGGGCGGCGGCGGCGGACGCGGCGCGCGCCUCGCUGGGGCGGGCGCUCAAGUCCUUCGUCGGCUCGCUCACGGGCCGGCGCGCCUCGUGAGCGCCGCGCCCAGUGCGUACACCGACAUGUAACACUAACAUUUCUUUAUGUCACUAGACCAGCAAACAAGACAAGCACCUGAUAUA